AUGGACUCAGUGCUGCCAUCCACCAUAGAUCCAUUCUCAGAUCGCGCGUACAUCGCGUGGCUCACUCUGGUGACUCUGGCCUUCAACUACAACACCUGGUUCAUGACAGCUCGUCUGUGUUUCCCCUACCACACCCCGGAGUGGAUCCCUUACUGGAUAACCAUGGACCUUGUGGCUGAUUUCAUCUAUCUCAUUGACUCAAUCUUCUUCCAGGCCCGCAAGCAGUUCGUCAAAGGAGGGGACGUCAUUAAAGACAGGAUUAUAACCAAAGCGUACUACAGAAACUCUGAGAGAUUUAAGAUGGACAUGAUAGCAAUGGCACCCAUAGACUUGCUAUGCUUCCAUUUCGGGUACAAAUCCAUCUUCAGAUUCAAUCGAAUGAUAAAGGUGGACACAUUCUUUGAGUUCAGUGAUCGUCUGGAGAGCCUCAUGUCCAAGGCCUACAUUUGGAGAGUGGUCCGCACCAUUGGCUACCUGCUCUUCAUGCUCCACCUCAACGCCUGCGCCUACUACGUGGCCUCGGCCUACCAGGGCAUCGGCAAGACCACAUGGGUCUACACUGGCAAAGGCAGCGCGUACUUGCGUUGUUACUAUUACGCAGUCCGCAGUCUGAUCAACAUCGGUGGUCUUCCAGAGCCCCACACAGUCUUUGAGAUUACCUUUCAGUUGUCAAACUUUUUCGUGGGUGUCUUCGUGUUCUCCAGUUUGAUUGGACAGAUGAGAGAUGUCAUUGGGGCAGCCACCACAGGCCAGACCUACUUUCGUUCCUCCAUGGACAACACUGUGUAUUAUAUGGUGUCAAAUAACAUCCCCAAACUGUGCCAGAACAGAAUACGCACCUGGUACAACUACACCUGGGACGCCCAGGGCAUGCUGGAUGAGUCUGAGCUGCUGGAGCAGAUGCCUCUCGUCAUGAGGACAGCCAUUGCUGUUGACAUCAACCUGGCUACCUUCCAGAAAAUUGAUCUAUUUAAGGGUUGUGAUAACCAGAUGUUGGUAGACAUGUUGCUGAGGCUUAAGUCUAUUAUAUAUCUACCUGGGGACUUUGUGGUGCAGAAGGGCGAUAUUGGUAAAGAGAUGUACAUAAUCAAGUCUGGAGCAGUACAGGUGGUUGGUGGACCAGAUAAUUCCAUCGUGUUCGUUACACUGAAGGCCGGCUGUGUGUUUGGAGAAAUCAGUCUGUUGCAAUCGUCUAAAGAUGGCGGGAACAGGAGGACAGCUAAUGUCAAAGCUCACGGCUUUGCUAACCUGUCCGUCCUGGAAAAGAAGGAUCUCUUUGAAAUUCUGGUCCACUACCCAAUGGCUCAGAAGGUUCUGGCCAGGAAAGGAAAGAAACUGAUGAAGGCUAAGGGUCCAGCUGCUGCUAAGGCUGUUGAAGAUAAAAAGAAAGGACUGGCGCUGUUCGGGCCCAAACCCCCCACUCCUAAAAUGCUGCGUGUCUUUGGGGGCGACAAAGGCUUUUUGGAGAAACUCAAGCAUGCCACUCAAAAUCAUAAAGAUUGAGAAUAUCAAACUGCAUCGUUUCUCAUAUGUAUUACUUUUGUGGUGAAUUUACAGUGCAUUAUUGUUCAAUCCCCUCUUUACUCACAGCUGAAUGAACAGUAUGUGAGUGUGUGUACAGAACACUAUUUUGAGGGAUUCGUGUAAGAGGGAUACAACUACCCUCUCGCAUACUAUCCUUUAGAAUUGUUUAAUCUUUCAAAAACUUUAUUAAGAUGUGCAAUAAUUAAAGAAAAGACAAAGUGGAAAAAAUGAAUAUUUCUAGAAGUAUUUUGAUCAUUUUUCUUUUCAUAUCAAUUAUCAAUUAUAUUUCAGGUUUAGAAACGGUUAUUUUUUUGACCAAUCACGAUUUGUAUUUGCCAAUACACAACUCAUGUAGUUUGUGGUGACAGUUAUGGAUGCAGUGCCAAUCAAAGGAUUUAUUUUUCUGUGUAACGGGUGAGUAACAGUUUAGCUACGAAACAAGCUACUUAAGUGACAUUUAAUACGAUCUGUCUGCUUUGUAAGAUACACAUUUACCUAAAUAAAUAAAUUCUCAUUUACUAACAACUGCAUCAGUUCCAUAGUAUCAUAUUCUUCUUCAUGAUCUAUUGUGUGUUGUGUUGAAUAGUAGUUGAAUGUGAAAG